AGCGUCAAUUUAACAGAGCCUGAAACUGACGAUUAUUUUGAUUUGAAACAGCUGUUGUUUUCCUUAAUAUUUUGUUUAUUUAUAGACUUGAAAUUAUAAACAAUCUUCUUGUAAACAUCUCAAUUGCCAGCUAUGUUCUAACAAUCGUAUAUGCGUUAAUUUUUUAACCAGUACACCCAUAUCAGGCGCGAUGUUUAACCCUGACAUAAACGAUUAUCAAUUGACUUCAAUAGUAUCGGAGUGUUGUGGAGGUAUCGCCGUUGUGUAUUCAGCCGUUCACAAGCCAGAUAAUCAAAAUGUCGCUAUUAAGAGGUAUUUUGUGGACAAGUCAAGGGAAAAAGCCAAUUUGAUACAGCAAGACAUUCUAACUAGAAAAGAACUGCAACAUCAUAAUAUUCUUCCAUACUUGACAUCCUUUGUUCAUGGCCAGGAGUUAUAUGUGGUAUCUCCUCUAAUGGAGCUUGGUUCCUGUCGGGAUAUACUGGAUAGAUACUUCCAAGAAGGCCUACCAGAACUUGCUUGUGCCAUUAUUUUAAGGGACGUCUUAUUGGCGUUACAAUACCUACAUAAACAGUUUUAUGUACACAGGAGUGUGCGAGCAAGUCAUGUCUUAAUAGACACACAGGGUAAUGUACGCUUAUCAGGCCUUCGCAGUGCAGCAAGUAUGAUGUUACGUGGGCGCCGACAGAAACAUCUGCAUAGUUUGCCACCCCCUGAUCAUGAUAAUGCGAACUUAAUGUGGCUAAGUCCUGAGUUAUUAGAACAGAAUCUCAAAGGCUAUGAUGAGCAGUCUGAUAUAUAUUCCUUCGGAAUCUUAUGCUGCGAAUUAGCCAAUGGAGUAGUUCCAUUCUCUGAAGUGCCAACUACACUUAUGUUCACUGAGAAAGUUAGAGGCAAUCGACCGCAACUACUUGACUGUUCAUCUUUUCCGGAACCUUUGGAUGAUGGAGAAAUGAAAAGUAUGUAUAACACUGACAGCGGUGUGGGUGACAGCGCGGAGGGAAUGUGUCGGGUGCGGGUCGUGUACUCACGUCGUAAACUGUCAGACGCCUUUCAUAGAAUCACUGACAGUGCCUUACACAGGGACCCGGAUAAGCGUCCGUCAGCCAGUCAAUUGUUGAAUCACGCUUUCUUCAAACAAAUCCGACGAACAGACUUCCUGCCAAGCCUUAUUGGAAGAGUUAAACCAAUAAAACCAGACCAUUGUGAUAUAUCAGCUUUAUUACUUGAAGAAAAACUUUCCGAUAUGGAGAUUGAAAAAACCGCGGAAUGGGAUUUUUAGAAUUAUAUAUGUACUUUAAUGUAUCACUUAUGAUAUCUCAAAUCGCUACUAUUUUUGUAUCGUAACAUUAGAGUUAUAUAUUUUUAAUCAUGACAGAUUACCUGUGUCUAACUAUAGAAAGUGGUUUUAGAUUUUUAUCCUCAAAAUUUAAAAUAAGUGAUACAUCUAAAAUAAUGUAGAUUAAU